AGUUAGCACAAGCUAACGUGUGUUAGCUCAGCUCGGAAGUUAGCGGCGUCGAAGCUCAGGAAGGAUUAAGUGGUUUCGUUUAGUUUACUGAUAAAUGGACAGAGUGGACGUGAAGCUGCUGUUAAAACGAUGUUGAGGCAUGGACUUCCUCACACUCUUUGCCAUUUAUGUCGUGGUGGUGCUGACAUGCAUCGUCCUGCUCUGCAAAUACUCAAACCAGCAGCAAACACCUUUUAACGUCAUAUUUAACUCUGUUGUAAAGGUGGUUGCACCGUUUACUCCAAAAUGGGUCCAGAGGUUCUCAAAGUGGACUCUGCACAGAUUGUUUCACCAAAGGAACAACAUGUUCAUCUACCUGCACAUCGCGCUGGAGGGAGCCGUGUACGCAGAGUUCACCUAUGAAGUGUUUGGUUACUGUCGGCAGAUGGACAUCACUCUGACCAGCCUGUCGGUGCCUUAUGUCCUGCUGGCUAUCAAAACUUUCUUCUUCUACCUCUGCAUCAACAGAGAUCCAGGCACAGUGGUGAAAAAGAGGGCCACCAACCAGCUGCAGAUUUACCCUUAUGACAGGAGACUGUUCCACCCAGGGGUCACCUGUCCAACCUGCCAGCUCGUCAAACCGGCCCGCUCCAAACACUGUUGGCUUUGCAACAGAUGUGUUCAGCGUUUCGACCAUCACUGUGUCUGGGUGAACAACUGCAUUGGCGCUCAGAAUACACGUUACUUCCUGCUUUACCUCCUCAGCGUGUGUGCCAUGGCGGGUGACAUCGCCGUGCUAAUAGCAGACAUGUUUCUUCACGCUGUACUACGAUCAGGGCUUCUGAGGGCCAGUUACAUAGACGAGCACGGCCAGCAGCAGCUGGCGGGGCCUCUGUUUGUCGUACAGCAUCUGUUCCUGGCUUUUCCCCGAAUUGUUUUCAUGCUGGGUUUUGUAGUCUUUGUCUUUUUCCUGCUGGCGGGUUAUACCCUGUUUCACUUCUACCUGGCGUUAGUCAACCAGACCUCCAAUGAAUGGUACAAGAGUCGCGGUUACAUUUGCCAGCACUGCAACCCGGCCGCUACGGUUGACCAUCUUUGUAGCCCAGCAGCACCAGACCAGUCCAAAAGACGCUACUACAGCAGAGGACUAGUCCAAAACCUCAGAGAAAUUUUCUUUCCUCUGCAGCCUGUUCAGAAAAAAGACAACUAAAGGAACUAUGAUGUUUGACAACAUGUACGUCAGCCAGAUUAACUGUCUGUGAAAACAUCUGGCAGUGGGAGAAAUGCACUUCCUGUCAGCCACCGAGAGGUUAAAAGACAGGACCA